AUGUCUCUCGAUACCCUUCCAGUCGAAAUCCUCGUCAUGAUAGCCCAGCGCAUGGACGACGCAGAAGCACUCUCGUGCUUGGUCCGAGCAAAUCGCACUCUCCACCACGCCCUCGUCCCGGCCCUCUACCGAACCUACGGAGAAGACGCUUUGCGGUACACAGUGCUUCACGCCAAGAGCUAUCCCCUGACGCAUACCAAGGAGCAGACCACCCGCCUUGCAUUCAGCCACGGCGAUUUCACGCGAGGAUGCGGACACGGCCGGGCAAUCGAGCUCGCGGCAGCGAAGGGACUAGUGGGCGUGGUGGAAGGCCUCGUCUCGCAGAACAGCCAGGAGAUCUACGAGGCGCUUGUCUACGCGGCGAGGCAGCGCCACGCCGCCGUGGUAGACGUGCUGGUCCGGUACGGCGCCGACGUCCAUGUCGCCGACAUUGAGGGCUACACGGCCCUAGACUGGGCCGCCAGUUGGGGCGAUACACCCAUCGUCACUACCCUGAUCGCCCACGGGGCGGAUGUCCAUCGGCGCUCCCCGGGGAGCUAUACGUCCUCUCCUUGCGGCGGGUAA